AUGUCAGAAGCCAAACAAGAUUAUAGAAUCUCCUACGCAGACCUCCGCGCUAAUCUGAAUCGUGACGAUCUUGAUUUGCAAUUAUCAUUAAUCGAAGUUGAGUCACAAAUUUCUGAAUUUGAUCAAAAUCUCAUGUCUUCAGACCAAUCUCAUACAUUUAUCAAUUCUCAUCUGCCUCAGGUAGUUCGUGCUCUUCUCGAUAAAAAAUGUUCUCACCUUUCAUUGUCUACUACAUUCCAAGUUAAUGAACUUCUCAAAAAAAUCCUAAUCCUUUUUAUCAAAAAUUAA